AUGUUGCUUGGUCUAUGCGGAGGAAUAUGUUCCGGAAAACACUCUGUUUCUGAAUACUUGAUCCAGAAACAUGGAUUCCGGCAACUGCAGCUCGCCCGUAAACCUGAUCUUCUGGAUGAAAAGGAACUUGCCCUAUCCUUCGGAAAUCAUUCGGUUAAAAGCGGGUCUCAGAUAUUUCAGACUGUCGACGAGCUUCUCAGUUUCGUGACUAAAAAUUGGCGGGAACGAUGGGUUACUACCGAUAUCUGGGAUGAGACAACUUUGGAGAGGCUCCUGAUGAGACCAUAUUUUCUUCUGGUCAGCGUCGAUGCCCCGGUUAGCCUCCGUUGGAGCCGCUUCACUGAACGGUCUUGGCGUCGACAAUUGGAUCCCCCUGAUCUUGAAAAGUUCGUCCUCUGGAACGACAAGCAUCUGUACGACAGGGAUAUUGGCAUAGUUUACAUGACACACCGUGCCCAAGUUCGAUUGUUUAACUCGUCCUCUUCAUUGCAUGAAUUGCAUGCAGCCCUGGAUGAACUAGAUUUAGUUAGUGAACAUCGCCUGCGCCCUGGCUGGGAUCAAUAUUUCAUGCAGCUUGCUUCUCUAGCAGCUCAAAGGAGUAACUGCAUGAAGCGACGAGUAGGGUGCGUUAUCGUCCGAGAAAAACGAGUCAUCAGUACGGGAUACAAUGGCACUCCUCGAAAUACAAAAAACUGUAACGAAGGCGGAUGUCCUCGUUGCAACUGCGGCGAAGGUGGUGGUGCUGCGCUGUCUACCUGUCUUUGCAUCCACGCAGAAGAAAAUGCCCUACUGGAAGCAGGGCGUGAGAGAAUAGGCGAAGCGGCAAUUCUAUAUUGCAAUACUUGUCCUUGCCUGACGUGUAGCGUGAAAAUUGCGCAGCUCGGUAUCUCUGAAGUGGUCUACUCUCAAAGCUAUAACAUGGAUAAAGAAACCGCAUCAAUUUUGGAGGAAGCUGGAGUGAAACUUCGACAAUUUUCUCCUGUGCGUCAUGUCUCCCCUGAAGUCAAAUUUUCUAUAUCUUCUAACAAAAUCCCUAGCCACGAAAUGGGUUAA